AUGUCGGACUACGGGCCACCCUCGUCGUCUCCAACAUGGGGGUCUCUUGGGAGUGGGUAUGGUCGGCAGCCUGGUGCUCGUCGGAAGAAGGUCUUUGAGUAUAUCAAGGCGGCGAAUGAGUUGCGGCAGUCCUAUGCGGCGCAGUGGACGGCUCAACGGAAUGCGUCGCGCGGGGAUGAUGAAUACCUGAAUACUCCAGGGGCAUUUCCGGAUGUCGAGAUUGCUCGCUCGGGGAAUGAGGAAAUGGUUCUGUUCCCGAGUUAUGCGCGUGUGUUGGGACAGAAUAAAAUGGGCGAGCAGCGGAGGCGGCGGCGCGGGUCGGCGUCUACGAUUGAUGAGUAUCGGGGCUUAGAUGGGCAGGAACAUGAGUUGUCUGAGUGGGAAAUGUUUGACGAUGAGAACGCUGUUGUUGCUGUCGAUGUACGAGGCUGGGUAUAUUCACCUUAUCGCGGGCCGAUGACUCGUAAACAACGGCUGGCAAUUGCUUUGGCACGACGAUUGACCGGGAUACCUGCGCCAACUAAUAGUAAAACUGGCCUUGAUGGCGAGAAUCAGGACGACGCUCAUAUACCGCGGACGACGGAGAAACGAGAAGAGGAGAUUGUCAAUACUGAGGUGCAGUCGAUUAUUAAGAAGGUCGACAAAGGGAACGAAAUGGGAUGGAGGGUCGAUUCUUCAGAGCUCGAUGAGGCCACACCUGGACCUACUCCACAAAGAACACCUACAACUUCCUCGAUGCAGUCCACACAGUCGACCCAGCUCACCAAGGACGAGCUCUCCGUUGCCAACGCUCACCUCAUGGAGCGGAUACGCCCUUUUUUGACAAACCCGAUGGCUGGCAUGGCGGUGACUGUGUUCUUCUUCAAUGACGAACAGAGCCAGUCAAGGAACAUAACGACGAACGAAUCGGGUCAUUUUUCUAUUCGUGCCUCGUUGUCUUUCGUUCCAACACAUGUCCGCGUACUCGCUUCGGAAGACCUUUCCGCUGUGAAAGGGGUUGAAGUUAUCAAGCCCACAGGCGUCAGUCUCAUCAGUGACAUUGACGACACAGUGAAACACUCUGCCAUCACCAGUGGAGCAAAGGAGAUAUUUCGGAAUGUGUUUGUCCGCGAGCUAAAGGAUUUGACCAUCGAAGGAGUUGAUGAGUGGUAUAACAAUCUCGCCAAGCUGGGGGUAGAUAUUCACUACGUUUCGAACGCACCGUGGCAACUGUACCCUCUUCUGGAUCGGUACUUUAAGAUGGUCGGAUUGCCACCGGGAUCAUUUCACCUGAAGCAAUAUAGUGGCAUGCUCCAAGGAAUAUUUGAGCCCACCUUGGAGAGAAAGAAGGGUAAUCUUGAGCAGAUUCUCCUUGAUUUCCCUGAGCGCAAGUUUAUUCUGGUUGGCGAUAGUGGAGAAGCCGAUCUUGAGGUCUAUACUGACCUGGUGUUGGCGAAUCCUGGCAGGAUUCUCGGAAUCUUCAUUCGGGACAUCACAACGCCGGAACGUACAAAUUUCUUUGAAAAGUCUAUUGAGCAUCUGGAGCAUACGCCUUCUCGGACUCGCAGUACCCCGGAUCUUGUCGACCGCUCUGAUUCAGCGCCUAAUCGACCUACACUGCCACCACGCCCGUCACAGAUUCCCUCAGCGCCAGUUCCUGAAGCUAAAAGCGCAGAGAUGGAAGAUUUGAUCGAUCUUUCGGACGAUCCGCCGCAGAAAUCAACAUACGAGUCUGAGAAACUGUCAACCGGACGAAUACCCCCUGCAAUACCAACCAAACCUUCUUCUCUACGGUCAGUCACAAACACCGCUGAUCUUGCAGAUAUCCGGCCGGAGAUUAGGGAUCCUAUCAAGAGGAAACCGGCACCUCCGCUACCAAGACGGUCCGUCGCAUCCGACUCAGGUCUAUCGCCCAAUGAGCCUGGGUCACGGCGCUCGUCGCCGGCAGGGGCUAGUGAUAUUGGUGAAAGGAGCUCCCAAAACCGAAUGCCAGUUCGUGCUAGGACAGCUGGGCCACAGUCAAACAAUCAGACACCUGUCUCUAAACAGCCUCCGGCUCCUCCGCCUCCCCGUCGAUCCAAUACCGGAGCGUCCACAAUCAGCUCCAGCUCUUCAAGGUCGGACCUAAAUUCUCGUCGAACACCUGAACAGCAACCGACAUUCCCUACUUCUACUCCUAGCUCUCGAGCCUCGUCGCCGUCAAGGCGGCCAGUCCCGCCAAACAUCCUCCGAUCACCCGCAUCCAAUCCGUCCCUCAACAGGACUAACACCAACAACUUAGACGUCUACCCCCCGUCACGAGCAUCAUCCGUCAACUCCUCCGCGCCUCCUCAGGCUCCGCUGCCAAACAAACGAGAAGAGCUAUGGCGGAGACGCUGGGAGCGCGCCAGUGAAAUCCUCGCCGAUCGAGGGGUCGUACUCGGUAGUUGGCGAAAAGGGCGAGAUGUACAAGAUGUCAGUCUCUGGCUGGUGAAGGAGGCGUUGAAGGGAUCUUCUUCGCCCACGAAAGAGAAGGAAAGAGAGAUGGAGAGGGAGAGGGAGCGAGGGAGUGCGUUUUCAUGA